AAAGAAAAUUGAUGUGUUAAGUUAUGAUCGUAAGUUUUACCUUUUAAAUAGAGUUCGGUGUGACUAAGUGAGCUAAAAUUGUUUUUGAGAGAUUCUCUGCAAAUAACUUGGAGAAUACGGUGCUGAUGUUAAGGAUUAGGUAAUGUAGCGGAUUGAUAUGUAAACCACAUGCUAUGCCCAUAUGUGGUAGUGCAGGAAACUUUUUUUCUUCUGUAAACUUUGGUAACGGUGAAUGCUGGAUUAUUUGUGUGUAUAUUACUGUUUUUUUUAAUUGUUACCGAAUUAUUUCUUUAUAAUUUUUACGUGUUUGGAUCGUGCUUUAGUGUUAAAUGACUCGUUUUUUUUAAAAUAUAUAAAACACGGGUGUUAAGUCUGUGUAGCUUAUGCUAACUGAUUAGCUAGCUCUGCUCGGUGGCCUGAAGUCUCGCGCUCUGAUAGAGAGGAGGAGAAAUAUCGGGGAAGCCGAUUUAUUUUUCUCUGUGUGUGUGUAUUAUUGAGGUGUUCUUGGUAAAAUGGUUUGGAACAAGUAAUGGAGCGAACAGUUCAGGACUGAAGACUGGUAAUUUAGCUGAGGAAUAUCCGCGUGAAAGCUGCAUGACAGCGGAUAGAUGGAGCACCUGCCUCCUGGGAAUAAUCAGCUCAGUGUGAGCGGCUCGGACGCAGACUCGGACACGGCGGAGGAAGAGGAGCCGGGCUGCGGGGAGAGGAGCACCGAGCAGCGGCGGAGAGCAGAGCGGGAAACCGGCGCCUCUGCCCCGGCUAUAGCUCGCGCCAUGGUGGGCGGAGUAGCGGGGGUUAAACCGGGCAAAAAGACCCGUGGGAGAGUCAAAAUUAAAAUGGAGUUCAUUGACAACAAACUGAGACGUUAUACGACUUUCAGCAAAAGAAAGACCGGCAUCAUGAAGAAGGCAUAUGAGCUGUCCACCCUCACCGGGACUCAGGUGUUGUUGUUGGUGGCGAGUGAGACGGGUCACGUGUACACGUUUGCAACGCGGAAGCUGCAGCCGAUGAUCACGAGCGAGACGGGCAAGGCGCUGAUCCAGACGUGUUUAAACUCUCCUGAUUCUCCACGUUCUGACUCUGCUGCUGAUCAGAGGAUGAGUGCUACAGGCUUCGAAGAGACCGAUAUCACCUAUCAGGUCACCGAGAGCGAAGGCAGCACAGAGGAGAAGGAAGUGAACAAGUCUGCAGGAACUGCUGUAACGAGCUGCAGCACAGACACUCCAUCCUCCUCUUGUGCUCAGUCAGAGAGUAGUGGCCCCCUGCUCCCUGCUGCCACCUGUUGGUCAGUGUCUAACGGUACGCUGGUGAAGACAGCUACCUCUGCAGCUGGAGUAGUGCAGCUCCCUGGUGGAUUCACGAUCGUGCCUGGUGCAGCAGUUUCUCAGCAACUUCAGUCGACUGAGAGCAGUGAAGUGCAGAACUUCAGCAGCACAGCUGGAAGUCACUCUGCGGUGAUUGCGUCCUCGAUAGCAGGACAUGUGAUCUGCCCGAGUGCAGUGAUGUAUGCUAACUCGGCCUCCACAUUAACGGAUCACACACUCUCACAUGAUGCACUUCCUCAGAUGUUUCUCACAUCUCCUAAUGGAACGGUUCAGAUUCCUGUCUCUGCUGUACCACUGCAUUCGAUGUUGUUAAAUCAACAGAACUCCAGCAGCACACACACACUGACAGAGUUACGUGGGGUCAACAUGGACAAUUCUAAAACGGAGUGAUGCACAACUAGUGUGUUUUUGAACACCACAAAUACCCCCCCUUCUGGUUUUGACUGGUUUGUUCCUCUUAGUUUCUUCGGUCAUGUUACACACACGUGUGUGAAUGAGAGAGAAUGAAUAUGCUUUCACACUGUACAUAAUACAUUUUUUUUUUUAAAUUGGUCUGAAAUUUAUUUAAAAACAAUCUCCAAACUCUUUAGUGAGGAGCACGUCAUCACCUUCAGUCCCGUCCCCCCUGGUGUCUGUUCAGUUAAUUUCUGGCAGUUGUGUACUCCAGAAGGUAGAAACACGAAUGUGUCAUAUCUACAGCAGUGUAAGAUGAUAGACGUGUGAAAGUAGAGCAUGUUGCUGGAGCGUCCUACCACUCGCAUCAUAAGUGGGUUUCUGCACGUCAUACUGAUCUGAACAGUCAUGUCACCUUUCUUCUGUGGCCGUAUAACCCAUCCGUCAGAUUCACCUUUGGCAUGAAGUUUCUUCAGAAUGAUCCUACUGGCCCUAAACUUGCUCCAUCACAACCGUGACUCAUAACAGCUGUGUGUACACAUGACGCACGACCUCACUACUUUUCUUUAUCAAAAUCAUAACUAUUUAAAGGUCACGCCAUUCCCUGAGGUCUUAAGCAUGUCCCAGACACUUCAUAUGGUCAAAAUACCACAAGGCUAAAGCACCAGAGCUCCUUUCUCACACUGUUUAAACAGCCCUGUUCAAAAUGGCUGAUUUUAGAGUGCCUAUUCCUUUAAAUGAUAUUUAAUGAGCCCCUGCUCACCCUACCUCUUCCACUGGCCAAACAGGCAGCAUUUUGUCCAUGAAUAUUCAUUCACAAAGGCAGUCCUCAGGCCCUGAGUGGAGAUGUUUGGAUGAGGGGGUGCCAUAAUUUUAAUGACUUAGAAAGGGGAGCUGAAUCUGAAAGCCUUGUUGAGGCACGUGUCUGAAAUAGGCAGCCCAAAAAAAAAAAAACCCUGAGUUUUUCAGAGUUUGGGUUGGUUGGUACUUCAGAGACCCAAAUGUAUGUGCACAAGCACUGAAACGGGGUGUGUGGUGUUUCAUUUAAAUUAAAUGAACAAGUGGCAAACCAGACCUGUAGGUCAACUGAAAUCCAGUCAGCUGUAAUUUAAAAUGCAACCCAAUAAAAAUGUGAGCGUA